GGAAAAAUAUCACAAUUCAGGAAACGAUACUUUGCACACAGUUGCACUUGCACAAAUAAAGGAAGACAUGACAAGUUCAAUUACCAGUCACUACAAAAACAGUAUUUGGUCGGCCAAAAUGAUUUAGAUGGAAUAUUCACAAAUUAUGGUUUCAGACAUUAAAUAUGGCCUCAAAAUGCUAUUUUUAGGAGCUUCUAAGCCUUGACACAGCCGGGGCCCUAAACAACCACAGCGUAAAUCUUGCAAGCGGAGCCCCCACCCGCCAUUCAGAAAUCAUCCUCCGGAAGCUGGAUACCCAUCUGAGAGAGCUCUCUUGGUGGAGAACUCAACACAUUCGUGAAAAAAAUUAUAUGUACUUUUACAGAAUAUGAGGCUCAAAAUGUUGAGACUUGACAAUGCAUACCGUACACCAGAUUACACAAGUUGUGAUCCCAAUGAGGCAUUUGUUUGCCCUUAUGAUUCAAACCAUAUAAUAAGAGCCAAGCGGUUUCCAUACCAUCUAAAGAAUUGUCGCAAGAAUUUUCCACUAUCAAAUAUGGCUCAUUGCCCAUUUAAUGCACGACAUGUUGUCCCUGGACCAGAGUACAAGUACCAUCUGGCAAACUGUCCUGAUAAACAGGUCAUCGAGCAGGAUAUUGCAUAUGGUCAUGAGAUGCAGAAUGGUGAAGAGACCAUCUUAAAAGGUUGCACUGAUGUUCCACCUUACAACAUGUGCCCACUACCAACAUCAUCUGAAGACUGGGAUAAGGAAAUGUUGUGUCAACCCAAAUACGAUUACAAUCCACCUACAGAUGUUGGGCACCAAUUAUAUCGAAGCACUUGUGGGAUGACUCCUGCUGAGAAGAGAGCCCACCGAGAAUACCUGAAAAAGCAAGACGAACGACGAAAGGCAGGAUUGCCACCAGAGCUAGAGUAUAGGCCUACUGAUGAAGGCUCCAACUUAGAUGGUCCCAAAGUGUCAAGCCCUUUGAGAUUGCCACAUGAACCUGCAAUGGCAUAUCAGCAGGUCAAUCAGAAUGAAUCGGCCAGUGGUGAGAAUGCUAGGCUCGGACUGAUUGGUCUUGGACGAGGGCUUCUGAUGAAUAAACAAAUGAUGAUGGUGAAUGAGUUAAAUAAUCAGGAUAAACAACAUGAUAAUGUCAUGAAAACACAGAGGGCAGUAGCACCCACUGCCCAAGGUUUUGGACACGGCAGAGCUGAACUGAAUCCAACCAAUGAACAUGCAAUUGCUCUCUCUGCCCAAACUUAUGUGAGAAUGGUAGGUCGUGGACGAGGAGGUACCCCACAGAACCGCAACAGACAUCCUAUAGGAGGUCUUGCUGGUCAAAGGAGCAGUGCGAUUUAUAUCGCACAGUAACUGUGUGCGAUUGUAGCAGAGUGAAAGUAGUUAUUAGUGAAGUAAAAAUUACAUUGUAUACUACAGUUGUUUGUUGCUCUCAACAUCUUAGUGUACCAAUGUAUUUAUACUUUACUUUUAAUACAGUAAUUCUAAGCCAUUCACUAAAUCAUACUAUGCAAAUUGAUUUGUGUUUUAUAUUUUUAUGUUUUUAGCUAUGCCACCCUGUAUUAAGGGACCUUGUUCAUUGCUAUGUUAAGUGGUCUAAUUUUCUCUCAUACUGAAUUUAGUGCUUCAAUAGUUUAUUUUCCACUACACACAACAAUUGUACAUUGUGAAAUACACUAAGCCAAUUCAUAAGCCAUUAGCUUGAUCAACUCUCCCAAUUUAGACAAAUAUAUAGUUUAUGACUUCACUUCAAAUUUCCAGAAUCCCCUUUUCUACUCAGUGUUCUUUAUUUAUAGUAAGUGAAGAUAGAGAAGGGAACCUCUAGAAAAACGGAUAACAGUUUUGUUUCACCCAAUUUUAUUUCUUGAUGCCCAACCAUAAGUCGUUAAGGUAGAAAACAAUUAUGAUAUGAAAUUUAUUUUUAUGAAAAUUGAAAUGGUAUGCACAAUUCAAGGAGUGUGGCAAGGCUGUGCUCUGAUGUGCAUUACAACAUUGUAAAAAAUGUUUGAAAAAUGAUGAACAUUUUUAACUCAAAAAUGAUUGAAGAAGUCAUUUUGUUUAAAGAUUGUAAUUGUUAUAUGUAAGCUUUUUAAGAGUUUAAAAAAUAUGUUGUCAAACCUUGAAUAAAUUUUGGUUAGAAGUGAAUGCAAUGCUUUUAGGUUUGAAAAUUCAAAAUUGAUGUAACUUUUUAGUAGGAUGAGGAUAUUCUGAAGAACAUGCUCACGAAGUACUAUUUAGGCUUAAGCGAAGGAAACUAUUUUUUUUUUCAUAUUUCUUUGUGGAUGAAAGCGACAGUGCUUUAACAAUUUAUUCCAGUGGUUUUUAUCUUUACAGUGUUUUUAAGGUUCUUUCACAGAUACAGCAAAGACCUACAAAAAGUUGUGAAUUCUAUGACAAUUGUUAUUUAAUAAGCCUAUAGAAAUUUAAACUUCAAGUUGUUUUUUAUCGUCAAGUUCAAAUAAAGUCCAGAUAGUUUCAUUAUAA